GUGACGAGCCUACCAAUGAGCGUGAAGUGUGCCGCGCGCAGGCGCUGUGACUGGUUUGGAAGUUCCCUAUCUUGGUUGUGGCCAUGGAUUACGGUUUUGGACCUUGGGGUCAGGGAGCAAAUCAUCAAGGAGGGCCUUUUGUGGAUCGUGGAAGUCCGUGGCAAGGGUAUGUAUUUUGUGAACCAGUGAUGGAUAUGGGUGGCCCUGGUCCCAGCUUCAAUCAAGUAUUUGAAAUGCCGCCUGAUUUACCACCUGUACCUGACAGGCUCGCUUUUCACCCUGAGUACGAUGCAGGAUGGCACAAUGAAAUAGGCAAUGCCCGUACAUCCUGGGACAGAACUGGUGGGACCUAUGAAGGCUUUCCAUGGCCUUAUGACCACAGAAAUGCUAGAGGAAUGGAUGAUCGCUUUCAGAAAAAAAAAAGAAAGAGGAUCUUUUCUCCAGUCCAGCCGGCCCCGGUAAAGUUUGACAAGAAAAGUGAUGGACCUUCAAAGAUACAACAAAAACAAAGCAUACAAAUGAGCCAACCAUCCACAGGACAGGUUAAAGGCAUAAAGCAACAGAAUGGAAAACUGAAUUCUAUGCAAGCAGCUAAAGAUGACAAGACAAAGCAGCCAAUCAACAAUCCUAACACAAAAGUUGCUCCAGGAAAGAUAGAGCCUACAGAUGGGCAGUCACUGAGCCAUACUCCAAGCACGACUUUUACAUGUAAUCUGUGCAAAUAUGAAACCCCAGAUGAGGAUGAAAUUCAGAAACACUUUAGUUCCAAACAGCAUUUGGAGGUCAUUAGGCACCUCUACAUCUUCCUGCCAAAACAGACAGUGGACUUUUUACAGAGAUAUCUUCAUUUUGAGAGAAAGAGAGUGUUCCAAGAGAGGACAAGGCAGAAUCUACAAGCUAAGAGAGACUUCUUUGAAGGCAUUGGGCAGGAACAUUUUUUCCACAGAGUUGAACUAGCUCACUGUUUGGCAUGCGAUACCUUUAUCCCUGAUGUCCCAGAACUUCUAAUCGAACAUACAAAGUCAGAGAGUCAUACGCAAAAAUGCAAGACGUCUUCCAAGGAAAUCAAAAACAAUUGCCUGGCGAUGGCAAAGACAAUGCUACAAGAUGAAGAUAUCUUGAGACUGCUCAGAGUGUACAGUAGGGGAAGGAAUCCCUUUGAGGGCAACGGGCAAGCCACAGAGCACAUAGCAAGCAAUCAUGAAGUCCUAGUUGCUGAGGAGGAUGACGACUAUGUGUCCCCUGUUGAAGAUGUAGGUGAUGCUGACGUCGAUACAAAUAUAGACUUUACUCAGAAUAAGGAAGAUUCUUCCUUGAACUCUUUACCUCUCAGUCAUUCAGAAGUGAUGGAAAGCAACAACUCAAACAAUGAGAAAGUUUUAAGAAUUUCUGAUAUUGAUGGGACAGAUGAUAUUGAUGAGGAUGAGGAGGAGGCUGCUGAAGCUCCAUGAUCCUGAGCUUAACCCCAAAUCACAUUCAUCUUUGAAUAAGCCCUUCUUAUCCUUGAAUGUGAAAUAGAUGACUAGUAAACAUGUGUUUUGGUUGCAAGUCACAGUGAGCAUGACGUGCUCCAAAUGAAAAUGAAAUCCCGCAAAACUUGUGACAAAAAUGUGCUGGAGGAAAAGACGCAGUGAGUGUUGUUGAACAGUCCCGGAACUGAGCUGUCUAUUUUCUUUUCCAUACAACUCGGGGUAAAACAAAAGCAACAGCAACCUGUUGAACCUGAUGACCUGCUUUUCAAUACUGACCCCCCUUCCAACAUAUCUUAUUGCAAACCGUAUAUGUUAGUGUCACUAUACAUCUCAAUCAUGGCAGUUAAAGACUCCUAAGUCACUCCAGUCAAUCUUUUAGAACCUAACAUUUAAAAUAAACGGUGCAGCGCUAAAUGUUCAGAGUGGUAAACUAAUAAGAUAA